ACUGUACUGUACCGAGGGGGAGAGGGUAAGCCGAAACGGACGUCACACGCGCUCCCCGGGGGAGGAGGCUCAGGAACCGGGCAGUUUAUCCGCUGGCCGUCGAUGCAGUGCGCUCCGUUUCGUCCGUGCGUGCGCGUAUGAGCGUGUGUCUGAGUUGCAUGCAAGAACAAAAGCGCAGCAGAGAAAAGCAGCCACAUCCUCCUCUAGGCAAAAGGAAGAGCUCCGUUUAAAAGCGAUGAAGCGUUUAUGCGGCAAUCUCACAUUCUGGGACUCUAAUUUCACGAAGCACACAACCCUGCCGGAUUUCCCAGCAUGCUUUCAGCUGUCUGUCCUGCCAUGGGCUCCCUGCAUCUUCCUCUGGCUGACGUCUCCUUUCUACAUCUUCUACCUCAAGAGGAACAACAGAGGCUACAUCAUGAUGUCUAUACUGAACAGAAUCAAAACGGUUCUCGGCUUGAUCUUGUGGAUCGUAUGCUGGACAGACCUGUUUUCUUCAUUUCAUGAGAUGAGCCAGAAUCAGUUGAAACCCCCAGUAUAUUUCGUUACUCCUCUAGUACUUGGCAUGACGAUGUUGUUAGCCACGUUCCUGAUCCAGUUUGAGAGGCUGAAAGGAGUGCAGUCAUCCGGUGUGCUCUUCAUAUUUUGGACGAUCUCAGUUUUGUGUGCCAUCGUGCCUUUCCGCUCCAAAAUCAUGAAUGCCAGUCAGGCAGAGAAUGACAAGCUGAGGUUCACGAUGUUCUACAUUUACUUCGGUCUCAUCCUGCUUCAACUCAUCCUGUCCUGCUUCAAUGAAAAGCCUCCUCUCUUCUCCAGCGUGGUCACAGAUCCUAAUGUAUGUCCAGAAACGACUGCUGGAUUCCUCUCCAAAAUGACCUUUUGGUGGUUUACUAGUAUGGCGAUCAAAGGCUAUAAAUCUCCACUAGAGAAUAAAGAUCUGUGGUCGCUGAACAAGCAUGACAGUUCAGAGCUGGUGGUUCCCAAUCUGCUCAAUGAAUGGGAGGUGGAGAAAUCCAAAGCGCAGAGCGAGCAGAGCGUGAAGGAGCAGGCCGCAUUCAGGAAGGCAGGCCCGGGCGCUGAACCCAACCACGUGAGCGUCAGUCCGGAGGAGGAGGAGGUUCUGCUGUCCAAACGGAAGGAGGCACGGCAGCCCUCGUUCCUGAGGGCCCUUCUCAGGGCCUUCGGGCCCUACUUCCUCAUCGGCUCGGCUUUCAAACUACUGCAGGAUCUCAUAACCUUCGUGAACCCUCAGCUGCUCAGGAUGUUGAUUGACUUCACCAAGCAGCCGCAGGCACCGUCGUGGUGGGGUUACUCGCUGGCGUUCCUGAUGUUCAGCGCUUCCCUCUUACAGACUCUCAUCUUACAUCAGCACUUUCAGUACUGCUUUGUCACGGGCAUGAGGCUGCGCUCGGGAAUCAUCGGAGCCAUUUACAGGAAGUCUCUGGUGAUCACGAACGAGGCCAAGCGCUCGUCGACGGUGGGCGAGGUGGUGAACCUGAUGUCGGUGGAUGCUCAGCGCUUCAUGGAUCUCACCACCUUCCUGAACAUGCUGUGGUCUGCUCCGCUGCAGAUCGUCCUGGCGCUCUUCUUCCUCUGGCAGAAUCUGGGUCCGUCGGUUCUGGCCGGUGUGGCCGUCAUGGUUCUGCUGAUCCCCUUCAACGCUUUCAUCGCCAUGAAGACCAGGUCGUACCAGGUGGAGCAGAUGAAGUAUAAGGACGAGCGCAUCAAGCUGAUGAACGAGAUUCUGAACGGCAUCAAGGUGCUGAAGCUGUACGCCUGGGAAACCUCCUUCAAGCAGAAGAUCCUGCAGAUCCGGCAGAAGGAGCUGAACGUUCUGCGUAAGACGGCGUAUCUCAGCGCUCUCUCCACCAUGGCCUGGACCAGCGCGCCCUUCCUGGUGGCUUUGACCACGUUUGCUGUGUUCGUGACUGUGGAUGUGAACAAUGUCUUGGACGCAGAGAAGGCCUUCGUGUCUCUGUCUCUGUUCAACAUCUUGAGGUUCCCGUUAAACAUGCUUCCGCAGGUCAUCAGCAGCAUCGUACAAGCCAGCGUGUCUCUGAAACGCAUCCAGGGCUUCCUGAGUCACGAUGAGCUCGAUCCCGAGAGCGUGGACAGAAGAAACAACACGUCAGAAUACGCCGUGAGCGUCGUAAACGGGAAAUUCUCAUGGGCCAAACAAGACCAGGCCGCUCUCGACAAAUAAAAUGAUAUAAAAUAAAAAAUAUAUAAAAAUAAAAAUAAAACAAACUGUGGGAAGACGUCGCUGGUGUGUGCUCUGCUGGGAGAGAUGGAGAAGCUGGAGGGUCAGAUCUCUAUACAGGGAUCCGUGGCUUACGUACCGCAGCAGGCCUGGAUCCAGAACGCCACGCUCCGAGACAACAUCUUGUUCGGCAGACCGUACGCGGAGCAGAAGUACCGCUGCGUGCUGGAGGCCUGCGCUCUGACCCCUGACCUGGAAGUGCUUCCCGGAGGAGACCAGACUGAGAUCGGAGAGAAGGGCAUCAAUCUGUCGGGCGGUCAGCGGCAGAGAGUGAGUCUGGCCAGAGCUCUGUACAGUGAAGCAGACGUCUAUCUGCUGGACGACCCUCUGUCUGCCGUCGACGCUCACGUCGCCAAACACAUCUUCGACAACGUCAUCGGGCCUGAAGGAGCGCUGAAGGGCAAGACCAGGAUUCUGGUGACUCACGGCAUCAGCUUCCUGCCGCAGGUGCACAACAUCCUGGUGCUGGUGGAGGGGCGCGUGUCAGAAAUGGGCUCCUAUCAGGAUCUGCUCAAACAGAAUGGAGCUUUUGCAGAGUUCCUCAGAAACUACUCUCUCGAGGAUAUCAUCGAAGACGAUUCAGAUUUGUUGGUUGAUGAGGAGGAGGAGGAGUUUCCUGACGAUGCUCUCAGUAAUCACACAGAUAUGGUGGAUAACGAGCCUGUAGUCAACGAGGCGCGCAGACAGUUCAUGAGGCAGAUGAGCAUCAUGUCGAAUGAUCCGGAGAACCCGAAGAAAAUGUCCCGGCGCCGGCGCUGCAGCGAGAGGAGACACCCGGAGUCUCCGAGUGAGAAGAAGGAGCUGAAGGUGGAGAAGCUCAUCCAGGCUGAGACGACUGAGACGGGACGGGUGAAGCUGAAGGUGUAUUGGGAGUAUGCGAAGGCAGUCGGGCCGCUGCUGUCGCUCUUCAUCUGUGUUCUGUACGGCUGUCAGAGCGCCACCUCCAUCGGAGCCAACGUCUGGCUGAGCGAGUGGACGAACGACGCGCUGCUCAACCGCACGCAGGACAGAGUGCACAUGAGGGUCGGGGUCUACGCCGCGCUGGGCAUCUCACAAGGCGUCCUGGUUAUGUUUUCCUCCUUUACUCUGGCUCUGGGGAAAAUCCAGGCCGCACGCAAGCUGCAUCAGACCCUGCUGGACAACAAAUUUCACACGCCCCAGUCUUUCUUUGACACCACUCCUAUAGGCCGGAUCAUCAACCGCUUCUCCAAGGACAUUUACGUGAUCGACGAGGUCCUGCCAUCCACCGUCCUGAUGUUCCUGGGCACCUUCUUUGCCUCUCUGUCCACCAUGAUCGUUAUCAUAUUCAGUACUCCUAUAUUCGCGCUGGUCAUUGGCCCUCUGGCCUUGAUUUACUUCUUUGUGCAGAGAUUUUAUGUAGCCACAUCUCGGCAGCUUAAGAGACUGGAGUCUGUCAGUAGGUCUCCUAUAUAUUCUCAUUUUUCGGAGACCGUCACAGGCACUAGCGUGAUCCGCGCCUACGGCCGAAACACUGCCUUUGUUCUCUUGAGCGAUAUGAAAGUGGACGAGAACCAAAAGAGUUACUACCCUGGUAUUGUUUCCAACAGGUGGUUGGGGGUUCGCAUCGAGUUCAUCGGUAAUUGCAUUGUGCUGUUUGCUGCUCUGUUUGCUGUGAUUGGGAAGGAGAAGCUCAGCCCCGGAUUGGUCGGUCUGUCUGUGUCUUACGCUCUGCAGGUCACUAUGUCCCUGAACUGGAUGGUGAGGAUGACCUCUGACCUCGAGAGCAACAUCGUAGCAGUGGAGAGAGUGAAGGAGUAUUCAGAGACAGCGACUGAGGCUCCAUGGAUAGUGAAGGACAAACAGCCUCCUCCAGACUGGCCUCCGAAGGGGAACGUGGAGUUCAUAGACUACAGCGUGAGGUACCGCGAGGGACUGGACCUGGUGCUGAGGAACAUCUCGCUGGAGAUCAAAGGAGGAGAGAAGAUCGGUAUCGUUGGACGAACCGGCGCUGGGAAGUCCUCGAUGACUCUGUGUCUGUUCCGUCUGCUGGAGGCGGCGGAUGGAGAGAUCGUGAUCGACGAGGUGAAGAUCUCUGAGAUCGGCCUUCACGACCUGCGCUCCAAACUCACCAUAAUCCCUCAGGAGCCCGUCCUGUUCUCCGGGACUCUGCGGAUGAACCUCGAUCCCUUUGAGAAAUACAGCGAUGAAGAAGUGUGGAAAGUGCUGGAACUCUCUCAUCUGAAGAAGUUUGUCAGCAACCAGCCGUCCAAGCUCGAGCUGGAGUGCUCCGAAGGAGGAGAAAACCUCAGUGUGGGUCAGAGGCAGCUGGUGUGUUUGGCGCGAGCUUUACUGAGGAAGACCAGGAUCCUGGUCCUGGAUGAAGCCACGGCCGCGGUUGAUCUGGAGACGGACGAUCUCAUCCAGUCCACCAUCCGCACGCAGUUCGAGGACUGCACCGUUUUCACCAUCGCUCACAGACUCAACACCAUCAUGGACUACACCAGAGUGCUCGUUUUGGACAAGGGAAAGAUCGCAGAGUUCGACACGCCGACUAACCUGCUCGCUCAGAAAGGAAUCUUCUAUGGAAUGGCUAAAGACGCGGGUCUGGCGUGAGCUCAUAUGCUGUAAGCCGCAGUGCCUUCACACAGUGUCACACACACAACGCCAGUGAAUGUAAUGUGUCUCUGUUUUACUGCUGCAUCCAGGAUCUUUGGUUGUUUUUACAUUAUUGCUAUUAUUUUUGUUUUCUAUGACUACAGUGCCACUGUUACUGAAUGAGUCGUUUCAUGAUAAAGCAGUCUAUUUUUGUACUGUAUUAUUUAAGUUGUUCAAUAGGGAAGUUACGUGUGAGAUUCUUUUUGUAAACCAAAUCUGUAAAAGCUUGAAUUCUGUUACCAGAAUUGGAGUAUUGUUGCAUUUAUUAAAAAAGUAA